AUGUAUGGCCAGCUUUGGUCUUCUAAUGACUUAAAUCCUGAUCGUCUUACUUCGGAACUCAAUAAAAUCUUCACUUAUAAUCAGGCGGAAACUAAUUAUCGUAAUACAAGUGAUAAAUACUAUAACUUUCAUGAAGAAUAUGCCAAAUCAUUGGCGGUGUCAGCAGCAUUUAAAGGCUCAGCUAAUAUCCUUGGAAUUGCAUCAUCAAGUAUGGAUGUAUCUGCAUUAGUUAAUAAGGCUGAAUCGGGUGCUACCGAAAAAACAACGCAUGAUGUUAUCUCAUUAACAGAUAUUAAAAAAUAUCUUGAUCAAAAGUCGAUAGAAACUGAAUGGAAAGGAGAAAAGAUUAUACCAAAAUCAUUUCAAGUUUAUAGACUGACAGAUAUCACUGACAAUUUGCAAGUUGCUCUAAUGGCAAGAGAAUUGACUGCUGAGAAAACGAGUAAUGCAAUGAUUCGAACACUCAGCACAUUAAACCUGCCUCCGACAUUCGGUGGAGUAACACGAACAAGCGUCAUUCAAUCAUCUACAUGUAUGAUAGGUGAAAUUCGGUUAUAUGCAGCGGACACUCAUCCUCCUUUUCCUUGGCUUUUCUGUAAUGGGACUGCAAUUUCACGUAUUGAAUAUCAACGACUCUUCUCUAUUAUCGGUGCAUCAUUCGGAGCUGGAGAUGGAAAAACAACGUUCAAUGUGCCUGAUUUUCGCGACCGCUUCCCACUAGGUCUCAAUCCAAUCACAAGUCAGGAAGACCGUUGGAAAAAAGGAGGAAAUAAAGAACACACACUCACAAUUGAUCAAAUGCCUACUCAUAACCACAGCGCUGAUGCAUUAUACACUGCCAAUGCAGGCUCACAUAAACAUGCUGUCUAUGAUCCAGGCCAUAACCAUGGAGGUUUCACGGGAGAGACCAACGCAGCAAGGAAACAUGAUUACAAAGCCGACGGCAACCACGGCCGCGGCUUCGCCGAGCACGCCAAUCAUAAGCACAGUAUUCCGUGGGGCCACACUGGAAUAACCCUCAGCUAUGAUGGCUCUCAUGCUCAUCCAAUUGAUGGGUCAACAGAUCCGGUUGGCGGUGAAAAAUCAUUCAGCAUUAUGCCACCUUAUCAGACAAUUGCAUAUAUUAUUUUUACUGGAGCGAAUUGCGCUUGA